AUGCUCGAGCUGUCUGCGCUCUUCGGGGAGGUUGAGCAGGAGCUGGAUGACAGCAAGAUUCACUUCCGGGUGGGCGGUCUCUCGUCGGUCAUGCGCAUCGGCAAUGUGCGCGACGAGACGGGCCGCCUAAUCUCGAUGCACACCAUCUCCGCGCCGCUGCCGCCGGGCGGCUCUGCUCAGUACCGAGCCGCCGAGCGGCAGCCAGCGUGGCACACGGACUCGCUGUACCGCCGGCGGCCUCCCGUCGGCUCGGCGCUGUACUGCGUGACGGCCCCGCCCUCGGGCGGCGCCACGUGCUUUGCGGACGCGACGACCGCCUUCGCGAGCCUGGACGAGGUGACCAAGGAGCGGCUGCGGGGCCUGACCUGCGUCUGCUCGAUGGCGCACCACGACGCAAAGGUGAAGAAGCGGGGCUCGCCAGACUACCCGACUCUCUCCGAGGCCCAGCGGAGGGCCAACCCGGCUCAGAGAGUGCCUCUCGUGCUGCGGCACCCGCAGACGGGCAGGGAGGCGCUGUCCGGCAUGAACGCGGGGACUUGCGCGGUGCUGCCCGGCGGGGCCGAGCUUUCGCGCGCGGAGAUGGACCGGUGCGAGCUCGAGGCGGUCGAGAUGCCGUCGGUCGAGGCGGAGCUUCGUGCGCUGCUGCCCUUUGCGACGCGCGACGAGUUUGUGGUCCAGUGGCAGUGGGAGCCGGGAGACUUUGUCGUGUGGGACAACCGAUGCACGAUGCACUGCGCAACGGGCUUCGAGUGGCAACGGUUUACGCGAGAAAUGUGGCGGACGACGCUGGUGAGGGAGUGGGAAGAGUAG